GCAUCGGCGCAUCCUUAGCUUUAUAGGAUGUUUUGCAGCUGGGGUGUUCCUCGGGGCUUGCAUUAUGCACAUGGUGGCCGACGCACUGGGCGACAUCAAAGAGGAAAUAGAACAGUGGAAUCAACAGGGAGCUCUUGACUUGAAGCAGAACGCAACUUCUGGAAGCGAUGAUUCCGAGGGAUACCCCUUCGGAGAACUCAUCAUCUGCUCCGGCUUCUUCCUGGUGUUUUUCAUCGAGAGCGUGGUGCUGUUCUGCUGCCCUCGGGCUGUCCAUUCGCACGGCGACGCCGAAGCCCACGACGACCCCAAAGGCGUGCCCGAGUCGCACAGCUCCUUCCGAGCUUUCGUGCUCUUCCUUUCGCUCUCUUUCCACUCCGUCUUCGAGGGGCUCGCCAUCGGCGUGCAGAAGGAGGAGACGGGCGCUGUGCAGCUCUGCCUGGCCGUGCUGAUCCACAAGGGCAUUGUGGCCUUCAGCCUGGCCUUGAAGCUGGUGCAGAGCGGCACCAAAGCCCGCUGGAGGCUUCUGUACCUGGUGGUCUUUGCCCUCAUGUCCCCCGCCGGCAUCGCUAUUGGCAUCGGGGUGUCGCUUUCGGAUGGCGAUGGCACCGGCCUGGCUCAGGCGGUGCUGGAAGGGGUGGCAGCUGGGACAUUCCUUUACGUCACUUUCCUGGAGAUCCUGCCCUAUGAGCUGCGCUCACACGAAAGUUCUCUCGUCAAAUUCCUCUUCAUUGGCUUUGGUUUCUCCAUCAUGGCCAUCAUCGCCAUUUGGGCAUGAAAGAUCUGUUGAGCUAGGAACUCACCACUGUUUCUUGGAGGGAAAACUGCGCCUGUCAGAUAACCUAAGAAUCAAAAAUUCAGGGGAAGACUAAGGAUUCCAAGGGAAAGUAGUGAACCAAGAGACAAUAUGCUAUGUUAACCAGUACCACCUUCCCCUGAGUUCAUGGAAGUCUAUAACAAACCAUUUAAUCCAUCAGCACCAUUGGCAGCAGACUGGACCGAGAUACCUGUAUCACCAACUAUGUUUCCUAAGAAGUCUUUGUGAGAGUGCGUAUAAAAUAGAGAGACCAGGU